CCCGUCGCGGGGACUCACGGUCCCGACCUCUCCGUCGCCGCCGCGACUCGCCGCCCGUCGGCCCGCCUGCCUUCAGGAAGAUAUGGCUGAUAUGAGCGGGGAUUGUAAAGAGUACCAUGAGAUCGUUAUCAAGACGUUUGUUAGCGAGGAAGACAGAUUCAAUUUCUACAACAGUUAUGCUCUUGAGAAAGGAUUUAGCGUGCGGAGAAGCUACGUUGAGUGGGAUGAAACCAACAAGGAGAUAAUUGGUCAUCGCAAGAGCCGAGGAAACAGGGCAGUGGUUUGUGAAGGAUUUUAUCGAUGUACACACCCAUAAACUGGCCACAGGGGAUAUUGCUUGCCUGCUACGUUCACACAGAAGAAUCAGCGCCGAGCAGAUAGCGGACAUUAUAGAGAUGGAAACUGCUGGGAUCCGCAAACACAAAAUCAUGGAUGUAUUGCGCAUGCAAUGCGGUGGUUUCGAUAAGGUUGGAUGCACGACAAGGGGCAUUUAUAAUUUCUGCCAUCAGUACAAGCAGGAAACAGUUGCUGACGGUGAUGCUCAAAUUGUGAUCCGUCACAUGAUGGCGCGGGAAGAGAGAGAUCCAGGUUUUUUCUUCAGAUAUCUGGUUGAUAAAGAUGAUCAUCUGAAAGGACUGUUCUGGUGUGAUAGUCAAUCCUGGCUUGACUACAAGGCUUUCGGCGAUGUUGUUGUUUUCGACAGCACCUACAGGACCAAUAAGUACAAUCUGCCAUUUGUGCCGUUUGUUGGGUUGAAUCACCACCGCAGCACUGUUAUUUUUGGAUGUGGUAUUAUUUCCCAUGAGACGACGGAGGCGUACGAGUGGAUGCUGGAGGUCUUCAGUGAAGCCAUGUCCCAGAAGCACCCAAUAUCUGUGAUCACCAACGGGGACCUUGCAAUGCAGAGAGCAAUCAGGGUGAUCUGGCCCGACUCGAACCAUAGGCUGUGUGUAUGGCACAUUCAGCAGAACAUUGUACGUCAUCUUAGUGAUGACAAGGUUAAGGAGGAAUUCAGAUCUUUCAUAUAUGAUUCCUCUUCCAUUGCCGAGCAUGAGAGCAAAUGGCUAGAUUUCUUGGAAAGGAAUAAAGUAACAAGUGAGGAGUCGUGGCUGCAUCCCCUAGUUCCCGUCGGCCCACAGCCACCCGCCGCCGCCGCCACCGCUUCUCCCAGACGCCGCAGCCGCCGCUCCUCCUCUCUCCGGCCUCGACGAAAAUCACCGCCGCUACUUCUCCCCUCCUCCGCCGCCCCGACCGAGCGCUUCCCGCCGUCUCCUCCGCCGCCCCGAUCGAGCCCCGCCACCGCUUCUCCCAGACGCCGCAGCCGCCGCACCUCCCCUCUCCGGCCUCGACGAACAUCACCGCCGCUGCUCCUCCCCUCCUCCGCCGCCCCGACCGAGCGCUUCCCGUCGCGGGGAUCUUCGGGACAGGCCGGUCCAUCGGCUUCCUCUCCCCUCCGACGGAUGGCCGCCGUCCCGUCCCCUCCGUCGCGGCCUCGUGGGGAUCACCGGGACAGGCCAGCCGGCGCCUGGUCCUCCCCUCCGUCGGAUGGCCUGGGGAGAACCGACGCUGCCGUCCCCUCUGUCGCGGGGAACGCCGGACUCAGCGUCGGGCUCGCGCAGAACAUCCUACAGCGCGGAGACGACGACGCGGCGUACGCGCUGGUGGUGUCGACGGAGAUCUUCACCUCCGACUACUACUCCGGGGACGAGCGCGCGAUGCUGCUGCAGAACUGCCUGUUCCGGAUGGGCGCGUCGGCGGCGCUGCUGUUCACGUCCCGCUCCCACGCGCGGUACCGCCUGGCCCGGGCCGGACUCCGUCGCCGUCACCUGCGUCGCGGGGAUUUGGGAGUGAGAGACGAGCGUGAGUGA